AUGGGGCCAAGUUCAAGCCCGUGCGCUAGUUGUGGUAGAUCAUCCCGAGUCGAUAUCAUAGGAUGCCACCUCCCACCAUGUCCUCUUGGAGAUGAUGCACGAUGCAACCCCUGCAUCGAUCUUAUCCUAUUGGAAGAGAGAAUACUUGAUACCAAAAAGGUCCUGGAUGGAUUAAUCGAGGAACACCGCGCCUUCAGAUCCAAACUCAACGAGGUUCACGAUCCACUUUUCAAGAAAUUGCCUCCAGAGCUCGUCUCCCGCGUUUUCAUUGCGUGUUUGCCAGAGAACAAGAACAAUCCCAACGAAGCCGGCUAUCUGGACCCUCUUCCUCUGUCCCUCCCCAUCCGUCGCUCAUCGACUCCUUUGCUUCUUGCAUCGAUAUGCGAGAUAUGGCGACAACUCGCAUUUGCUACGCCCCAACUUUGGAGCAGUAUAUUUAUUCAACUUAAACCAGAGAAUGUUCAAUAUCAAACAAAGGUGGUUGAACGGUGGUUGGGUCGUUCUGGCGGCGUCCCGCUCUCUCUCCACAUCGUCUAUCGUGAAUGGCGACCAGGAAACGUACAUGCAACUUCUAUUGACUCAUUCAUACCCAUCAUCGACCUCUUGAACCAACAUUCCGAUCGUUGGCAAGACCUGGAUCUCGCUCUUCCCCACCCCUUGAUAUCUCGACUUGGUAGAAAUUCCCAGGCCGCCACCAGGUUGAACACCAUUCGAGUCGCAUUGCACCGUGACGCGCCGGUUGGAACGCACCUCUUCCCAAUCACAGAUGUCCUUCCUGUCCCAACUGUUGUCGACAUCAUGGGUUUACCUUUCAGUUCGGCAAAUGUUAGUUGGCGCUCGGUCACAAGUGUCAAAUUCGGUUGGAUAGACGUUGGCGAAUGCCUGGCCUUGUUCCAGCAAGCGCCACAAAUGACAAGCUGCGCAAUCGAAUUCCUUCAGGAUGCCCCUGCCGGUUUCGUGACUCUCCCUCAGCAUUUAGUUCAUCGCCAUCUUCACUCGCUGACCAUCGACACGUCAAGCCCUGCCAGCAUGGGACCCCUCUGUUAUAGCCUUAUUUUACCUUCCCUCAAAGAAUUGGUCUACGGUCCCUACGGACGACUAGAAUCCCUUCAUUCCCUGGUUGCCCGUUCUUCUUGUCCCUUGACAAAGCUUAAUUUGACCCUGAAUGGCGCAUGCACCCCAACAAACCUCGCCGACUUUCUGCAUCAGACGCCCAUGCUCGAAUCAUUGUCCUUUGGACCCAUCCGACUCAACGAUGAUCUUCUGGGUCUCUUCGCCAACACGGCGCCCGCCACUGACGCACAAGACGAAAGGGAGAAUAUUUUUCUCCCUCAUCUCCAAGAGUUGGCAAUCCGACAGUGCAGGCGCCUUUUUUCUUGGGCCUCUAUCCCAAAACUUUUCCCUCUUGCCUCGGAUAUCGGAAAUUUUCCUCUGAAGUCCCUCACACUAGACAUUUCAGGCGAUUAUGACCCAGCGAUCGAUGACGGCGAAUCUGCCAACCGCAUCCUGGAUUUAAUUGAUGGAGGGGUCAAUAUUGCCAUCAAAGGAAUAAAUCGUGAUCUCAUCCAAGAGGCUCGAAGACACUACGGACGGCCUGCCGUGCCCCUCGAAGACAAAAUUGACGGUUUCAGGAAGAGGUAG